UUUGGUGAAAAAAUGCAAACAAUUAUACAUGAAAGUAGGUUAUUUUUGUACUUAGAGCUUUCCUUAACUAAUUAAGAGCCCUACAUGGGUUUACUAUGAGGGAAAAGUAAACAUCAUUGCCCAAUAGUUCCCACUUAUAUAUGCAAUACUGAAAUGGGAAAAACUCUCCCUUGAGUACUUCUCUCUCCACCCCAUUCCCUCCUCUCCUCCAUGUUUCUUCUCAGAGAGAGAGAGAGAGAGCGCCAUGAAGAUCAACACCAUGAGGAGGUGCAUGUCGUGCAUUCUUCCAUUCGGAUCACUCGAGGUAAUCCGAAUCGUACACUCCAACGGCCGCCUCCAAGAGAUACAUGGCACGUCAAUCCAAGCAGCCGAUUUGAUGGACUCUCACCCAAACCACGUCUUGAAAACACCCUUGUUAACGCCUACCCCCGACGGCGUUCGCCGGAAAAUCGUGUCCGUGCCGCCGGAGGCAGAGCUUCAACGUGGCAAGAUAUACUUCCUGAUGCCAGCCAAGUCUCGGUCGAUGAGGAAGAAGCAAAGGGCAAUCCCCGGUAACAGUAAUGAUCGGUAUUUGAAGGAGAUUUUGUCGGGAAGGGUGCCGAGGCCGAGGGACGGGCGGCGGGGGUGCGGCAGCGCGUGGAGGCCCGGUUUGGAGAGCAUUUGGGAGACAUGAAGUGAGGUUUAAUCUAAUGGCAGAUUAUGAUACGCGAUAUUCCAUGGCAAUGGGUACGCAAGAAUUGGUCGAAUUUAUGUGGUUGUUUCACUUUACAAUAAAAUAAUCGGUAUCAUAUUUUGAGUAUCAUGUAAUGCAUAAUUAAUGUACUAUGGUGAUAUAUAUUUCACUCACCAUAUAGGUUAUUAUGUGACAUAUGCCGUGAUCAUUAAAUGAAACUAUAAUAUAUAAUAUAUGCUUGAGGCUA